UGCCAUAUAAAGAUCGAAAAAGACGUGAAAAAAGGAAGGAGCAACCACGAAGUGCUUUUGAAUCUAAGAGUCCUUCUCAGGACUAUCAGGUAACUCCUGAUCCAACUGCGAUUCAAUUGUGCAACGAAGAUGUUCCGGUAUAUAUUUGUAUAAAAAGUCGAACCUCAAUUUAUAAUCCCAAAGAUCGUAAUAUUAAUUUAAUAAGGAUCCGGUUUUUUGUACCCUAGAAAUCUGACCACUACUAAUUACAGAAAAAUUUGUAUAGAAGUGCCUUCAAUAAAAGGAGUAAAUUUCCUUUUUCCUUUAUUUGCGGAUUAUAGAUUUCUGUGAUAUUAAAUUGAGGUUCGGGGUUUAUUUAAUUAUAUCUAUAUGGGUAAUUUUCUAAAUAAAUUACAUAAAAUUUUCAUAAGUUCAGUAGUUAUUCCAUGCCUGUUUCUGGGUAUUUUUUUAUUUCUUUAUUACUUAUCUUGGAACAAUUCCUACAUUUGAUAAAUCUAAUAGCUAUGUAUAAUAACUUUAAAUUUUAGGACUUUGGACACGCGGGAUCCUCUGGUAAUGUUUUUAAUGUUUCGCAAUUAGGGUUGAGUGUGUCUUCUAUGGGUGUUGGUCCUUCUUCCUCAUUAGGGUCGAGUGUGUCUUCUAUGGGUGUUGGUCCUUCUUCCUCAUUUUCUUCUUCUAGAGCUUUGGUUCGUAGUGGUAGUAUUUCCCUCCAAACUAUUAAUAAAAUUCCACGUCUUGAGGAUUCUAAUAUAUGUUCUGUUGAUGAUGAUUCCGAUAAUUGUUCGAUUAUAUCAUAUCGUAGUUCUCGUGGUGUAGGUCGUCCAAAAAAUAUUCGUAAAUGUGGAAGACCACGAAAAAUUUCCAACUUUACAUCCGAUAAUGCUUCCUAUAAUAAUUAUAUAAGUGAAAAUUUUGUUGAAGAUAAUGCAGUCCUCUUUCAUGAGAGUGACUCGGAUUCUUCUGUUAGUUUAACUUUUUGUAGUUCUCGCGGGAAAGAAUGUCCUGAAGAACAAGCUGAAAGAGGUGCAGAUAGACCUAAAAAUAUAACUGAGCAUAUUAUGCCAGACGAAGGUGUUAUUGUUAAUGAACAACCUGUUUUGUUUUUAGCCCCAGAUCCGCCAAUUCGUCGUUCAGAACGAAUUAGAAAUCGAUCUUCUAUCAUUCCAUCACCAAUAAUGCAAGAUAUGCCUUCUUGUAUUUUAAAGAAUCCUAUUAGAAACCGUUGUACUCUGCGUCAUAAAGAAUUCCCAUGUGCUGAUGUUAGAGCUAAUCACACAGCAGAGUAUUAUGACUCUGGCACUUUUGGAUCCUCCGCUGUUUGUUAUUAUUGCAAGGCAUUGUUGUUGGAGUCCGAAGUUAAUUUAAACCACAAAUAUAAAUUUAAAGUUGUCUCUUCCUCGCAUUGUUGUCGUUGUGGAAAAGUAACUCUUCCUCCAUACAACGAACAUCCACAGAUUUUGAAAGAUCUCUUAAAAGGAGAUACAAAGAUCUCUAAAGAAUUUCUCGCCAAUGAAAAUGUUUAUAAUUCCUUACUAGCCUUUGGAUCAAUUUCUGUCGGCCAUAAAGACUCCUCUUUAUAUGGAGCCACAAGCUUUUUGUUAAAUGGUGAAUUUGUAAGACGCAUAAGUUCUAUGUUUUCAGGAAACUUAACCCCAUCCUUUUCCCAGUUAUAUAUAUUAGAUGCUAAUGAUGCUCUUGAAUUACGUAAAAAUGAUUCUAAAUAUGGCGGUGAUAGAGUAAACCCUCAAACCCUAAAGAAGUUAGAUGCCCUUUUACGGGCUAUUCACCCAUUUGCUUUAGAGUAUAAAAAUUUCCAUUCACAAUACCAAACUAUUCUCAAAAGAGACGGACCUGAUGCCGUCAGGAAAUUUCGAUUUACAAUUUUAGAGGAACGCUCUGUUCCUGACCCAAUUAAGGAUAAAAGCGCACACCCGCGUCAAGUUAAUCUUCCUUAUGAAAAAUCACUGUUUUCCGUUUGGACAGAGUCCGAUGAACCACCACAAGUUAAGGGAGUUUUUAUCACUGAUCUAAAAGGUUCACUCUUUGAAGUCAAACCACAUAACCCCUUGACCGAUACCAUUUUUUAUCCUUUACUUUUUCCUCAUGGAGAUGAUGGUUGGCAUAACAAUAUUCCUUAUAGGAUUAUGACUGACAAAUCAAAAAAUAAUAAUCAAUCAAAAAAUAAUAAUGACGAGUUAUCUGACGAAGACAUUCCUCCUUCUGACGAUGAAAUUAAUGAUGCCCCUGAGAAUGAACCAACUAUUUCUAAAAGAGAUUAUAUUCGUUAUCGGCUUGCGCUCCGUAAGAAUGAUAUUUGCCAUAAUAUAUGGUCAGCAGGCGGAGGCCUCAGCCAAAAAAUAACUCUUGAUUAUGCAGCAAGAAUCGAUGCUGAUGUUGCCAAUUAUUUACGCAAGCCCCAAUUAAAUUUGCGUUCAACUGUAGCACCAGACUUUCUCAAACAUAUUGCUAAAGGAGGAAAUAUUGAUAAUGUCGAAGAUAUUACGAGACAUGUUUUAUGAUGCCACAACCAUCAUGGCACGAACUCGCAAGCCAAAUUGUGCAUCAUUUAUGUUAACAUUUACCACCAACCCGCGAUGGCCAGAAAUUUCCAAAAAUUUCUUGCAUAAAGGCCAGAAAUUAGUUGACCGUUUCGAUGUUAUCUGUCGUAUAUACACCGACAAAAUGAAAAAACUCCACAACCUUCUUGAUAAAAAGCAUAUUU